AUGUCCCGUUCUACACUCUCACUUGCUCUGGUUGCAACUACUGCACGCGUCGUGAACGCCCGCCCCACCUACGUUGCUCUCCUCCCGAAUGGUGAUAACGUUCCGGGCGUUGCGGCUUUAGGCCACGUCAACCCAGCAGGCGGAGGUGCCAACAACGCCUUCGGCCUCGACUUUGCGAGCGCUGACAAAUCGUGGACGAAAGUGGGUCGAGAGCUCGAACGCCGUUGUCCAAUGGAAGGAGGGUCUCUCUCACCCCGGUAA